AUGGAUAAACAAAAAUCUUUUGAUGAUGAUUUCGAGGAUAAAAUUAUGGUUCUGGAUUAUGAUUCAUUAGCACAAAUAUUCAUGUGGCUUCCAGUGUCUCAGAGGAUAGUCAUGGAAAAUGUUUGUCACAAAUGGAAAGAAGCUUGUCAACGAUCAUGGUACGACAUCACAGAAUACCAAUGUGGUGUAUCAAUUGAUGAUGAUUAUCAGAGCCGUUUAUUGACACAAUCAUUUGUUAAAAAAAUAUUAUUACGAUGUGGUGUUUAUCUAAAAGAAUUGACUCUUACCGAAGUUUGCAACUCAAGCAUGAUUAUUUCAAUCGUUGGUGAACGAUGCAAAAACUUAACAAAACUCGAACUUGUAUUUGAUGAAACAUCAAGAGUGAAUAAUAAUGACUACAUUUCAACUUUUACACAGUUGAAUAAAUUAGUAUCCAUUAAAAUACAAAAGAAAAACAGUAAAAAUUUUCCAGAUGAAAUAAUGAAUCAUCUUUCAGAAGAAAUAAAUGAAAUUCAUUUAAUUUUUAAAUACAUGUCACUCAAAAGACCACCUAUAUUUUUCAACUUAAAUAAGUACAAAAAUCUUAAAAGUUUAACACUACGUUCCUGUAAUCUGGAUGAUAUCAUUCAAGAUAUAUCAAAAAAAUCAACACUUGUUUAUCUCGAUAUUAGACGAUCUUGGGCAUUGGAAAAAACGUGGAUAUUCAAUGACCUUGUGAAUUUAGAACAUAUUGACUUGUUACACUGUUGUACGAUUAUGGAACAAAACAUUUUAAAUGUAUUUUCUAGUAUGAUUUAUACAUGCAAAAAUCUAAAACACCUUGAAUACUCUUCUCAUUAUAAUGCACCAGAACCUGAAAUUCCACUUAAAUACUGGUUAAACCUUAAAAAUUUAGUUUAUCUCAGUACUGGUUGGAAUAUGACUGAGGAUUUUGCAAUAAAAAUAGUGAAUUAUUGCAAAAAUUUAAAAGACUUGACAAUAAAAGUCCAAUCUACAGCUGCAGCUAUUAUAAAAUUGACAGAAUUAGAAAAUCUUGAAUGUUUAAAAAUAAAUUAUCAGGAACUCACGAAAGAAGAAAUAAUUGCAAUUUCAAAUAAUUGUAAAAAACUCAAACAUUUGGAAAUUCUAUAUAGUAAAAUAAAAUCUUGUCCAUUUUAUCUUGAUCUUUUAUCAAAACUGCAGUAUCUUGAAUAUUUAGAUUUGUCAGGUAUUAAAAUACUUCAAGAUAGUACUAUUAUGAUGAUUGCUGAUACACACUUGAAAUAUUUAAAAAUCAAAGGGCCCAACAAACUUACUGAGAUUGGUUUUAAUGCUUUAACGAACUUGGAACAUUUGCAGGAACUAACGAUAGACUACAACAAGACUAUCACAAACAAUUUUGUUGAAAAAGUAAAAGGAUUAAGAGUUUUAAAUUGUCGUGGUUGCACGAACCUCACUGAUGCUGGUAUCAUUCAGGUCAUCAAAAAUUGUCCAGAUCUCGAACGACUUGAUCUCUCUUUUAUCGAUAAUAUUACACUUGAUACGAUUAUUGCUGCUGAUUUGGCAACAAAAAAUCAAUUACAUGCUCUUGAAAAAUGA